UUGAAAGCUCUACCGGAAGCAUGAUUUCUCAGAAUGAAUUGACAGCACUGGUAACAAUUGUUUCAGGGAAUUCAUUAAACUAGCUUAGAAUCGGAACGUCCUGGCAGAGACCAAUGAGGGCUGGUGGCCUGUAGAGGCUUUGGAAUAGAACAGUAUUUGACAGAGUUGUCAUAAGCGCGAGCUAACCGCGUAUUCGUGUGCGUCGCACAGCAGGUUCCAUUCAUUUGUGCUAAUGCUAACUCCGUAGUAGCGCUUCUACUUGCUGCUACGUGACUUAAACCGUCUCGUUCCACAGUUAAGCGACGGUGUCUCUUUGCAGCUACAUUGAAUUGGGCGAUACUAUCAUAUCGCGUUCCAACCGCGGAGCCGCUCCACCGUCAGCUAACGAUAUCUGCCAACUCAUUAAAGCUAGGCUAGCAAGGUAGCAUCAAUUGCUACCAGGCGCAAUGGAUUAUGAACACAAGGCCAAAGCAGUGGGGGACUGCAUGCUGAGCUACAAGAGGGAUGACUCCGGCUGGAAAGUCUGCAAGAAAUCUAAUGACGUGGCUGUGUCUUGGCGUCCCUCGUCGGAGUUCCCAGGGAAUGUUUAUAAGGGGGAGGGGAUUGUCAUUGGCAGCCCAGACAAAGUGUGGGAGUGUCUGAAACCAGUACCCAAUGGGCUCCGAGUCAAGUGGGACAAUAACGUCAAAAGGUUUGAGCUUUUGGAGCAAAUCACAGAGGACAUCUCUGUGUGCCGAACGGUCACGCCCUCCGCGGCCAUGGGCAUCAUCGCGCCACGCGACUUUGUAGACGUUUUUCUAGUCAAGCAGUACGAAGAUGGCUCCAUCUCAUCAAAUGCCACCAACGUGACCCACCCAGGCUGCCCGCCCCAGUCCGGCUACGUGCGGGGCUUCAACCAUGCAUGUGGGUGCAUCUGCGUGCCCGUCUCCGGGGAGCCCAAUAAGACCCAGGUGUUCAGCUUCUUCCAGACCGACCUGGGGGGACUCCUCCCUCGCUCCGUGGUGGACUCCUUCUUCCCCUCCAGCAUGGCGGAGUUCUACAGCAACCUGGCCAAGGCUGUCCGAUCCCUCAAGGACCUCUGACCCGUUGAGCAGUCAGGACCCGUCGCUACCUUCAACCCGAGCCCUUUGUCGUAUGUUAAAGGCAGCGAGCUCGUCGGCGGCUGACCUGAAGUACAUUCCUACCUGUGUGGCUGCAGGCGGAACCCUUCUAUGUGAAAGUAGUCUACGCACGAGAAGACCAGUCAGUCUCUUGACAUCACCGUCAUCGGGAUGAAUUCAUCUAAAGAAUGAAAUAAUAAUAAUCUAUAUUUGUACAUGUGCACUUUUUAGCACGCUGAUGCGACUAGAUUUCCUUUUUUAUGCUGGUGUUCUUGUGUGUGCAUGUUGCAUGGAGCUACUUACCGUGUGCUGGUACCAGGUUGUUGCUGUGGAGAACUCCCUCCUUCCUCAUGUCCAAUUGUUUGUGUUGUACUUGCCAACUCCCCUGUAAACUGAUUAUGUGCCUCCUCCUGCCUCCACAGCACAGGGGACGUCCUACGCUGCCCACCGACCACACAGCCUUUCCUCCCUGUUGGGGGGGAUUAGUUCCCCUAUUUUCUUCUUUCUGCAGCUUCUCAAAACCUAAAAACCCGUCUCUGAUGAACUGGGCUCAAAGUGGUCACCACCUGACACGAGGCCUUUCACAAUAAAAGGCCCAUACGUUUGAACAUAGGAUUUACAAUACAAUUUAAGCGUAUAUGGUCUAGACAGUAGUUGAUACUGUAGCAGUACUGUCACUGAGAUGAAACUAUUCCCAGGCAUAACUAGGUGCAUGUGAAGCAAAUGUUACUCGUUAGUAUGUCUCCUUCAUGUCAAACAGGAGGACCCAGGUGUCCAUAGUGCUGUUAGUUAGUUAGUUAGUUAGUACUCUUGUCCAGUAGGAGUUGAGGUGUACGUUUACGUACCUUGAUCUUGUUGCUGUUCUGCUGCUGGUACUGGAGGCACUUGGGCCCCGUGAGGAAGAACUUCUUGCCUCCCUCAUGAUGUGUAAUGUUAGUUUAACUAUUGGUGACCGAUAGUUUUAGUGGUGGAAAGUAGAAUUAUACUGACCCCUAUUUCAGAGCACGAGAUCGUCCAACAGCAGGACCAGCAAAUCUUUACCAGUCCGCUUCAUCUGAGGGGCCUCCUCCUUCUACAAAUGAUCAUUGUCAUCAUUGGGGGGAAGAACAAAUGUGGACCUUGAAGUAGGAUUGUAUAUAGUGACAGUACUUCCACUAGUACACAUGUAAUACCUCCACACACCCCCCAUUAGCUUUAUUUAACCAUGUAGUCUUGUGAUUUAACGUGAGGAACGGCUCAAAUCUUCUACUGUGUAUUUAAUGACUAAACCAUAUGAACGCCUUUAUAAUAAUAAUACAUAUUCAAUACAAAAUAUACAGAUAAAAUAGACCACACCUGUACUGUUGUUAAUUAUUUCAACCCUCAUACGCUGACACUCGGGGAAAUGGCCGCUCUGUGGUGUUUUUUUCCUUCUGGAUGUCACCGUGGAUACGGAGGCGCCGCGCUUUGCACUUUCCACUCGCACUGUUCACACUGCAGAUAUCAGGACACCACGUCAGUACUCGAUGAGGAUGGAGCCGUUGUGUCUGAAACGUCACCAACAAGUCGUGGCGUUUCUCACCAGUUCAUUCGACUUUUACUUCUUAACGACACCCAAUGUUCUGUCAUUUUAAAAUAAAUUCUGCUUUACGCUCGCAAGUGCAACCAGCACCACACGCUUCAGGUUGUGACCUCUGAACCCGACCAACAAGCAUCAGCUGCAUCUCGAUUAACAGAGCGGUGAAAGAGCUCAACUCUCCAUUUGUCACAGUGAUGAGACCGAAGACGGAACGUCCACGUCUGCGGCGCCGCGCCAGAUGUUUGCAGAAUGAGUCCCUUCACUCGUGUUCUGGCUCCCGUGUUACAGGACUCACAUGGUUCCACUUUCUCCUCUUACUGCUGCCAGUCAAACACAUCCACGGCUUAUCUUGUACUGUUCUGCACCCUGUAACUUUUGUAUAUCACCAGCAUUAAAAUCCUUACGGUGUA